AUUGUAGAGAACAUCAUAGAUAAUAUCCGCCUUUUUUCUCAUCAUUCUCCUAAAAAUAAAUCUGCUGCCAUUCCUCGCUCCAGGCUUAUCAGACGACUAGGAGAUAAAGGGGAAGAUGCCAAUUCCAACCAUCUUCUCCGUAAUGAUAAUAAACCUAUAUUAUCUAAACAUGGAGAUAAUGAUAACGUGACAAGAAAAAUUAUUCACCUGGAUGAUCAUCUUAAUAACGCCUUGGGCGAUAGUAAUUACGUCUCUUCCGGCCACAAAGAACCUUCGAGUAAAUCGCAACAUCAACCACCAUCGCAAUUGCUGUCCCCAGCUACAACUUCCUACGACUAUUUGAUUAAGCUUCUGGCCUUAGGAGAUUCGGGUGUGGGAAAGACUAGCAUGAUUUGCCGCUAUACAGAAGCCACUUUUAGCAAUCAUUUCAUAACAACAGUCGGGAUCGAUUUCCGGGAAAAAAGAUUAAUAUAUAGAGAAAUUGGGCAGGAUGGUAAUAUCAUACGUAAUAAUAGAGUACAUCUUCAAUUAUGGGACACUGCUGGGCAGGAAAGAUUUCGAAGCCUGACCGUAGCCUUUUUCAGGGAUGCCAUGGGAUUUUUGUUAGUGUUUGAUCUGACAAGCGAGCAAUCAUUUCACAACGUUAGAAAUUGGAUAGAACAAUUACAGACCCACGCCUAUUCUAAUACUCCUGAUAUCGUUUUAUGCGGCAAUAAAAGUGACAUAGAAGAUAAUCGACAAAUUUCUUACAAAGACGCCUGUAAAUUUGCCUCGGAUUAUAACAUGACGUAUUUUGAAACAAGCGCCCUCAGCGGUAUCAACUUAAACGAAGCCUUCGAUUAUUUAGUUGAACUCGUUAUGAAAAGGAUGGAGGAAUCUAUAGAACUGUCUCUAAAAUCUCGUAUCAAAAUGGCAACUGCCACCAAGUCAUCCUUAGAAGCUCAGCAAUCUCAAUCAUCCAUGUAUAGCGAUUAUGUCGCUGUCCCUAUCAACAUUGACAAAAGUAUGGACCAUCCGAAUAAACCCGAUAAUAAAAACAAAUUUAAUGACAAAGGGUCAACUUUUGUGCCUUCUUCCAAAAGUAAGUGUCGGUGUUAAUCCAUGAUUCAGAAUGUGACCAAUUCUAAUUACUUUACAGAAUUUUAUAGAUAAAAAUAGGAGCCAAAUGCUAUUGUUAUUAGUAAAUAAAAAUGUUAUUCGUUGAACGAUCACAAAAUAAUACAUUUACAUUUUUGAAAUAAUUUCGCGUUGUUGAAGACAUUAAUAUAAAAUUAUUACA